AAGCAUCCAACAAGGAGCCACCCACAGAAAAUUAUAGUGCAGCUAGGUGUGAAUCAACUGAGACAUAUUUGCACCGAAUGGUAAUGCCUUUUACUUACCUCAGACAAAAUUCCUCUUAGCACAUCAUUUUUGGCAUGAGCACUAUGGCUGGCAAAGCCCAUGGGAAGCUGGACUGCCUGGCAGGUGACACCCACCCGGGCAGGUAUAAAUAGCCAGCAGCAAGGACAGCCCGCUGCACUUUGAUUUCCCGAGUCUCGCUGUGCACAGCUUUGCAUCCGGGGCUGAACAUCGGAUCCCUUCGCCAUGAGCUGCAGCAUCAAGAGAACGUCCAGCACCUCGUACAGGAGCGGAGGAGGAGCCGGAGGCGCCUGCGGAGGCAGCAGCGGCCGCAGCUCCUCCGUGUCCUGCCGGCGCUACGCCUCCUCCGUCAUCGGCGGGGGCAGCUACGGCGGGGCAGCCUGCGGGGGCUACGGCGGCGGCCUGAGCAUGGGCGGCCUCGCCGGGGGCUUCGGCGGGGGCUUCGCGGGCAGCUGCGGCCCCGGGGGGGACCUGCUGCUCAGCGGCAAUGAGAAGGUCACCAUGCAGAACCUCAACGACCGCCUGGCCGCUUACCUGGACAAGGUGCGAAGGCUGGAGGAAGAGAACGCUCAGCUGGAGCACCACAUCCGGGAGUGGUACAGGAAACAAGCUCCCAGCGUCUCCAAGGACUACAGCUCCUACUACCAGACCAUCGAACAACUCCAGAACCAGAUCAUUUCUGCCACUGUGGACAACAACAGAAUGCUUCUGGACAUUGAUAACAGCAAGAUGACUGCUGAUGACUUCAGAAUGAAGUAUGAGAAUGAGCUGGUCAUCCGUCAGACCGUGGAGGCUGACAUCAAUGGCCUGAGAAAUCUCAUGGAUGACCUGACUCUGGUUAGAUCUUCUCUGGAAUCUGAGCUGGAGUCCUUGAAGGAUGAGCUGAUUGCUCUCAAGAGAAACCAUGAGGAGGAAAUGAGGCAGCUCCAGUCCCAAACUGGUGGCGACGUGAGCGUGGAGGUCAAUGCUGCCCCUGGAGAAGACUUGACAAAGAUCCUGAAUGACCUGAGAGAUGAAUAUGAGCAGAUCAUUGCGAAGAACCGCAAGGAGGUGGAGCAGUGGUAUGAGGUCAAGAUCCAAGAAGUCAACCAGCAGGUCACUUCCAGCAGCCAGGACAUCCAGACCAGCAGCCACCAGCUGACCGAGCUGAGGCGCGAGAUGCAGAACCUGGAGAUCGAGCUGCAGGCACAGCUCAGCACGAAAAGCUCUCUGGAAAACUCCCUGGCAGAAACCGAGUCUCGCUACAGCUUCCUGCUGCAGCAAAUCCAGGCGCAGGUCAACUCUGUGGAGGAGGAGCUGGCCAGCAUCCGCUGUGAGAUGGAGGGUCAGAGCCAGGAGUACAAGAUGCUCCUGGGUAUAAAAACCCGCCUGGAGCAGGAGAUCCAGCAGUACCGGGCACUGCUGCAGGAGGGGCAGCAGGAUCUUGUUGCCUCCCAAGGAGCUUUCCAAGCAGGUGGAAAAUCCUCCCAGUCAUACUCUGCUUCCUACUCUCAUUCCCAGAGUGGAGAUAUGUCAGGGCAGUCAAGAGUGUGCUAGAGCAGUGGAGGGGCCCUGGCACCGUCCAGCUGAGAUGCACCGACCGUGGGCGGCGAGGGACACCCGAGAGUUUCUGCAGCACGGCCGAGGCAGCGGGAAGGCUUUGGAAGACGAGCCUGGUCACCUGCCCCAGCACCCCCUCCUCUGCCCUGCAAGGCUUGGCUUACUCAACUUGUCUUUGGCAACUCGUUCUUUGUUAAAGGGCUCACACUCUGCUGGUAACUCUGCUCUAAUAAACCUUUAUGUCUGCAAUUCAAAUCACAACAUGUCUGAGAAAAUAAACUGAACCAACCUCGUGCGGGUACUUAUCCAGAUCAUCCACCAAACACGGGCUCUGGAGCUGUACUGGGUACAUGAUCUCAGGACAGGCCAUUCUGCACUAGGAAAAUGGACACAGUGCUGGGAUAGAACCACCGAGUGAAAAGAAAUAUCAGGAAUUGUGACCAUGGCUGUGUGAGGUGAGAGAACAGCCAGCCUCUGCCGAGGGGAACUGCCGGGUGAGGCUGGCAGAACUCUCUCUUCACAAGCAAGAGAUAUAAGGUGGAAAACAGAAAUCUUGUUGUCACUUCUUGACACAUUUUUUCUCCUUCCUGAGAUGUUAAAAACCAUUUAC